GUGCUGGGAUUACAGGCAUGAGCCACCGCGCCCGGCCAACACCUACUCUUUUCACCCUCCCAGGUAUCUAGAGGGUUGAGUGGGAGGGAAAUUGCUGGUUUGGGACACUACAGUAACACCAGCACCUAGAGCAGUGCUCAACUGACUGAAGGCUCCUGUGAGUCGCCCUCUCCCCCCGGCCCCUCAACCCGCGGGGAAGGGCUGGUGGGAGGCCCGGGAGGCCACACAGCACCUCGAUUACGGCAUUUCAUUCGCCACUGCACCAUCUAUCGGACACUAGCUAGGUUCUUCCAGGACUGGACGCACCUCCGCCCCCAAGGUGCCACCUGACAGCCAACACUGACAGGAUGAUGCAUGAAUACAGUCAUUAUUCAAAUUAGCUAUCACCUAACUCAGUCGGGUGAGUCUCACCAGUUCUUCUGGGCUGACUGUCCCGCCCCGCACUCACACCCGGGGGCGUCGGGCGGGAGAACGCGUGCGCGCUGACUGGGGAUGGCGGAGGCAAGGCCGGGCACGCGCAAACGCGGGCGCGCCGCCAGGCCGUGCUAGGGCGCGGAAGACGCAUGCGCGGGCGGCCCGCGCGGCCUUAAGUGCAGCGCCGACCUGGAGCGGCCCAGUCGGCCUGUCAGCCGGCUUCGAGGUCAGGAUGGCUAACUGGCUGGCUCCCUACGUGGUGCCCUACGUCUACAUUACACCUUAAAGAAGCUGAAGAGAAGAUGUUAAAAUGACACUUGACAGUAUUCUACAAAUUGUCUGCAAAGCUGGAGACCUUAAAAUAAUGGAUUCGUUGGCCACUAAGUUCCUGUUCACUUCUAGGAGUAUAAUACCCUCAUUUGAUAGAUGUGGAAAGAAGUUAGAAGGUGUCCCUUGCACAUACAAAAAAGAACCUGUUCGUAUAUCUAAUGGAAAUAAAAUAUGGACACUGAAGUUCUCUCAUAAUAUUUCAAAUAAGACUCCACUUGUCCUUCUACAUGGUUUUGGAGGAGGUCUUGGGCUCUGGGCACUGAAUUUUGGAGAUCUUUGCACCAACAGACCUGUCUAUGCUUUUGACCUAUUGGGUUUUGGACGAAGUAGUAGACCCAGGUUUGACAGUGACGCAGAAGAAGUGGAGAAUCAGUUUGUGGAAUCCAUUGAAGAGUGGAGAUGUGCCCUCGGAUUGGACAAAAUGAUCUUGCUUGGGCACAACCUAGGUGGAUUCUUGGCUGCUGCUUACUCGCUGAAGUACCCAUCAAGGGUUAAUCAUCUCAUUUUAGUGGAACCUUGGGGCUUCCCUGAACGACCAGACCUUGCUGAUCAAGACAGACCAAUUCCAGUUUGGAUCAGAGCCUUGGGAGCAGCAUUGACUCCCUUUAACCCUUUAGCUGGCCUAAGGAUUGCAGGACCCUUUGGUUUAAGUCUAGUGCAGCGUUUAAGGCCUGAUUUCAAACGGAAGUAUUCUUCAAUGUUCGAAGACGAUACUGUGACAGAAUACAUCUACCACUGUAAUGUACAGACUCCAAGUGGUGAGACAGCUUUCAAGAAUAUGACUAUUCCUUAUGGAUGGGCAAAAAGGCCAAUGCUCCAGCGAAUUGGUAAAAUGCACCCUGACAUUCCAGUUUCAGUGAUCUUUGGCGCCCGCUCCUGCAUAGAUGGCAAUUCUGGCACCAGCAUCCAGUCCUUACGACCACAUUCAUAUGUGAAGACAAUAGCUAUUCUUGGGGCAGGACAUUAUGUAUAUGCAGAUCAACCAGAAGAAUUCAACCAGAAAGUAAAGGAGAUCUGUGACACUGUGGACUGAACACACUGAAGCUCUGAUGGGAAAACCUGGUUACUGAUACAGUUGUUCAGCAAUAAUUCAUAGUAUAUGCUGAAGAGUAAUGAAUACAACACAAGAACCAGGCAGCCUUCUUGACUAUACUUUGCACAUGUUUUCUUUAGGAAUUCACUCGCACAUUUAAACCAGUUAGUGCCUUCUAGAAGAAUGGCUUUCCUUUCUCCUACACAAAAUUAAAAUAUACAAGUCUCUAAAUUUAAUACCUUUAAAUAAAAGGUUAUUUGUCCCUCUCAUGUACUGAAAAACUAAUUUUUCAGCUGAAAAAUUUUUAAUCUAAUUUUGCUAAUCAGUUACUUUUUAUAUUGCAAUCUAUAUUGCCAAUUUAGGAAGUGAUUUCUGAGUCUCUUACACUGUAAAGGUGCACUUUAUUUUCUUUGUCUUCCCCAUCAUGUAUUUAUUGUGUCUGAUGACUGAUAUUAAUCUAAAUUCAAUGUGUUUUUAUGUAAAAAAAUCUGUCAGUUGUUUAGAAUAUUUCACUUUGUUUUUGAAAUGGAGCAACAAGGCAGAGUUUCGGUUAAAGGAUGGGAGUUGAUCACUAUCAUUACUUUUUCUAGUUUACCUCUUUUUUAUAUUUAAGGCUGCUAAGCCAUGUUCAGCAUUUUAAAUGUGGUCUAUCCUGACAUACACAGUGUAUAACAACAUAACUCCUUGGAACCUCCUAUGUGUGGUAUGAUUCUACACUUCCAAGGAACAUGACUUUAAUACUUCAGUGAUUCAGGUACUGAAAAGCCUUAGCUGAAAGGCUGUUCUUUGUUUCUCCCUUUCAUACUAUUCUUUUCCAUGACCCAGGAUACAGCAAAUGAAACAAAUUUCUUCACUUAAGGGGAUAUUAAGACUGUUACUUCCUAGUAAGCUGAGUAAUGUCGUAUUUUUAUUAACAUCUAACUUUUGUAGAUGGGUGCUAAAAAUGCAUACAUUUUAACCACUAAAAUAGAAAAACAGGUGGUGCUAUUAUGUCUCAUGGCACCAGAAAUGAGCUAGCACUUGGGUUUGUUGUUGUUGUUGUUUAAGAGUAUUGUGUUAAUUAAAUCAUUACAUACUUGAAGUUAUAUUACAAAAAUUCUAAAAGGUUGAUUGAACUAUUUUUUUAGGAACUACCAUCAAGUGUAGAAUUUUCUUGCAGUUUUAAAAUGAGGAAAACUUCUUUGAAACUGUGAAAAAGCUCCAUGUGGUAACUGGCUGCUGAGAAAACCCUUCACCAAAAAAAUAAAUAAAAAUUGAAUAGGAUUGUCAUCAAGAAGGCAUCUUUGGCUAACAUUGCUUGUCCAGGAGAAAGGUAGCUAUGUAAAUAAAAACAGUGAACUAGAGCAAA